AUGCCGGACUUCUCCGACAACCUCCAACCCGCCUCCCCCACAGGCCCCUCCAUCCUCGCCCAAGAAAGAUCCCAAUCCAACGUCCCCAUCACCGAACUCGCCACGCACCUCCUCAGCCGGAACGACUUCCUCGCCCGCCAAGAACGCAUCCUCCCCAUCCUGGAAGCCGACCCGCUCUUCAACAAAACCAAACAAUUCAACCUCUCCCGGCCGGAACGCUACCACCUGGGUCUCGCGCGCGCGAAGAAGCUGAGGAGGUAUAAGGACCAGUAUGGCUGGGAUGAGGAGGAUUUUAAGAUGGGCGAGUAUCUGUGCGAUGAUGUGAGUCCGUUUAUGGUGCAUGAGGCGAUGUUUCCGACGACGGUGAGGGAGCAGGGGAGUAAGGAGCAGAGGGAGGAGUGGUUGCCCAGGAUUGAGAGGUGGGAGGUUGUGGGGUGUUAUGCUCAGACUGAACUGGGUCAUGGGAGUAAUGUUCGGGGAUUGGAAUGUAGAGCUACGUGGAAUCCCAAGGAGAAGAACUUCACCAUCCACAGCCCGACGCUGACGGCUAGCAAAUGGUGGAACGGGUCGAUGGGACGCACGGCGAACCACGCCAUUGUGGUUGCCCAGCUGUAUGUGCCUAAGUCGGCGGAUUCUUCAGAACUCGUCAACCACGGACCUCAUCCAUUCAUCGUCCAGAUCCGGGAUAUGAAGACUCACCAACCCCUGGAGGGAAUUGUUGUGGGAGACAUCGGACCGAAGUAUGGCUAUGCGCCCAUGGACAACGGGUACAUGCUCCUCAACAACUUCAAGGUGCCGCAUUCUGCUAUGCUCUCGAAUUAUUCGAGGGUCGAUCCGAAUACUGGCACGUACACGAAGCCGGCGAAUCCAGCUGUUGUGUACGGGUCUCUGACGGCGGUCAGGGCGGCUAUCAUUAUGCAUGCGAGAUUGAUCAUGGCAAGAGCUGUCACGAUUGCUGUGAGAUAUUCGACGAUUCGAAGGCAGUUUCAGGAUCGGGAUAGUAGUGACAAGGCGGCGCCAGAGCUACCUGUGUUGGACUACACGACUGUGCAGAUUCGGAUCUUGCCCUUGCUUGCUACGGCGUUCGCACUGCACUACACAGGAGAAGCCAUGUACGAGCUGUACUCGAGCACAAGGGCCGAGAUCGACUCCGGGGACUUCAGCAAGCUGGCGACGCUGCAUGCUCAAUCAUCAGGUCUCAAGAGCCUUUGCACUGAGCUCGCUGCGAACAGCAUCGAGACAUGUCGACGAGCGAUGGGCGGUCACGGAUUUGGGGGAGCCAGCGGAUAUAUCCAACUCAACAACGACUACCUCUCCAAACCCACCGUCGAAGGGGACAACUGGAUGAUCACCCAACAAACCGCCAGCUACCUCCUCAAACGCAUGCAAGCCGCCGUCGCGGCCAAAGGCGCACCCCAAGACGAAAUGGAAGCAUCAUGCCGCUCCUGGCUGCAGAACGAACACAAAAAAUCCCCCACCCCCUUCGCAAUCUAUACCUCCGAUAGCGAAAUCGUCCGCGCCUUCCACCGCCGCUCCCGCGACCUCACCCACCGCGCCUACAUCUCGCGCUUCGUCCAAAACAAAUCCUGGAACAGCCUCCUCCUCCAACUCCGCCAACUCUCCCACGCCGAAUCCCAAUCCAUCCUCGUCUCCAACUUCCACGCCGCCUUGUCCUCCCCCACCCUCUCCGCAACCCUCAAAUCCCACCUAACCCUCCAAUUCCGCCUCUUCGCCCUCUACACCAUGGACGCGCACGCCCGCGACUUCUCCAAAGCCCACGCCGUCUCCGAGGCCGACCUCGAUGAUCUGCCCGACCGCAUCCAAGAGCUCAUGGCGCAGAUCCGGCCGCACGCCGUGCGGCUCGUGGAUGCGUGGAAGGUGCCGGAUUUCUUGCUGGAUAGUGCGCUGGGGCGGGCGGAUGGGCGGGUUUAUGAGGAUUUGUGGCAUCGGGCGCAUCGGAUGAAUCCGUUGAAUGAGGUUACGUUUAAUCCGGAUUGUCGGAGUGAGGAGAUUGUUUUGGGGGGUGGGGUGGGGGAGGAGGGGGUGAGGGGGAUUUUGGCGAAGUUGUGA